AUGUAAUUAGUUGAUAAUCCUGUAAAUAAAUUCUCAAAUAUCCUAUAAAACCCUGAAAGUGAUGUUAUAAAAAAAUACAUAUCAAUUUUUGAGUUAAAGUCUUUAAAUACAUCCUAAUCUGUCUAAGCAUUAAUAGAUAACUUUGAAAAUCUUGAUAAUUCUGAUCUUUUAAAACAUGAAGUUACAUAUGCUUUAGGAUAGAUGAAUACAGACUUUAAGUACCUAAUAAAGCCUUUUUUAGUUAAAGUUUUAGACACAGAAAACGAAUAUCCUGUUGUUAGACACGAAGCAGCAGAAGGAUUAAGUAAUUUUUGUGAAGAAGAUAGUGAAUUAUUAUAAUUAUUUUAGAAAUACAGUGAAAGUAAUAUAAAUGAGAAAAAAUACGGUUUACAAUUUGCUGGUACUCGUGAACCUGCUGCUCCUUUUGAAAUAGAAGAAAUUUAAAGUGUCAAAUUAUUAAGUGAACUUUUAAAUAGAAAAUAUUGGGAAAAAACAAAUAAUUUAUUCAGGCAUGAAAUCUGCUUUGUUUUAGGAUAAAUUUCAAAAAACGCAAAUGAAUCAAUUAUGUAAUUAAAGGAAACUAGUGCAGAUUAGGAAGAAAAUGAAAUCGUUAGACAUGAAGCACUUUCCGCAUAUUCAAGUAUAGCUGAUGAUAAAGAAUUUUUAAAACUUUUUGUAAAUGAUCCAAGUAGAAUUGUAAGAGAAAGUGCUGUUGUGGCAGUUGGUUUAAUUGAUUAUUGGAAUAAUAAAUGA